GCUUUAGAAAAAGUUAAUUGCUCAGUUGUGAAAGUGUAGAAGUUUUGUCUUGCAAGCAUUACAAUGUCUAGCGAGGAUAUUUUUCAAAAACGAAGGGGGACCACCGAUAGAGGGAAAGAGUACGAAGACCUCCAUAUUGCAAGUCUUAUUUUGAAGUUAGUGCUAGACAACGAUAUCGAUAAUUUUUAUUUGGCCUCAAAUAUAGAAGAAUUUGGGUCUUUUGACGACACUGUCGUUGAGGUAUUAUUUCGUGAUGGAACCACACAAACUUAUGCUUUCCAGUUAAAACAGUCUCAUCGUGGCAAACAGUUAACACUGUCUUCUUUGACAGCUGACAAAGGAAAUUUUAGCAUUAAAAGGUAUUGUCGAGAUUCUUUGAAUUUACACAACGAAAAUGUGAAACUAAUUGUACUUACAAAUUUGAAGUUUGACGGUGAUGGCUAUGAAUUUGCUUUGGAUGACUCUAACAUUUUAAUAACUCAGCGCCCACAAGAGGGUAUAGUAUCAAUUUCUGACGAUGGAUGUUGCUUUCAGUUUAUUGACACAACAAACAAUGGAGGUUAUGAGAAAUUUUUUGAAAAUUUUUUCUUGUACACUAAUCAGACCCAUGUCGAUGAUCUAAAUGACAGCAUUUACAAAACGUUUCAAGAGACAUUUUGCUGCGAAAAAGAGUCAGUUCUAGAAUAUAUCAGGUUUAUCAGCGAGUGGAGCAAGAAAGAAGGCAAGAAAGAAAAGUUAACCAAAAAGUUGAUGAGAAAUGUUAUAACACUGAACCUGAUAAAACCACAUAUCCUGCACUGGCCGUUCUCUCAAAAUCAAGUUAAUGAGAAAAUUAAACUACUUAGAGAUACUAUUUUGCAAUUUGAAAUAACAAUAUUCAACGAUACCAACCUACAGCUGGUUUUUAACCUUUGGGAAGACGCUAAACAAAACGCUGUAUUUGAUAAACACAUUUUGCACAGAUAUCAGUUGUCACACCAAUAUGUAAACACUUCAGUCGAGCUUGCUGAUAUAGAAGCUUCAAUUUUUUUAUGGUUACUUGAUAAAUGCCCUCUAAUACUGGUAAACUCCGACACGGUGAACAAAGCGAUACGCUUUUCCAAAAACAAGAAAUUCAUCGUCGUGGAUAACGACUACGUAGGUGAAAACCCCCAAACCUUCCAAAAGCUUUCCGAUCUCAAGAAAAAUCAGCCCCUUUACGAGAAAGUACUGAAAGAAUUCAAAUGCUCGCUCCAAGGAAAAGAAGAAAUUUCUUUGGGUGCUCUCACAGAAUUAAGCGACAAACUAACCUCCAGAAUCACCACCAAUCACUUACUGGAAAUGGCAAACGCUUGUUUAGCGAUCGCCGAGGACAAAGACGAAAACCUUCCUUCUUCUUACAUUCCAACACUUUUGUCAAAAGUGGUAGUCAGUUCCGAGAUUCUAAACAGAGUUGAUCAAGAGACCUUGAUUUUGAUAUGUUGUGUAGACAAUGAGGAAACUCUUACACAGACCUUUCCAAACGUUACUUUUGUUAGAGUGGAGGAAAACGAGCACAACCAGGAGCAUCACAAGCCAAAAAACAAGAAGAAAAUCGUUUUAUUUGCCAAAAACGAAUGUUCCGAAGCUCAGUUUUACAAACUGUGCUCCGAACGGUACAACAAAGCUCAUCAAGUAAGAUUUGUCGAAAACAUUGGUGUCAGAGGGUUCGAAUGGGUGAGAAGCAAAGACGGAAGCAGCGAUUUAAGCGAAUUGCUCUUGUCUGGUGAUUAUUAUAUAGAAGAGUCGCAAUGUCACAAGUACGAAAAAGAAAACUGUGUUAAUGUCGUCUGUGGUAAACCUGGAAUGGGCAAAACCACUCUGAUGAAGAGUUUUAAGAAAAGGAGCGCACCAACGACAUGGACGGUUUUACUGUAUGUAAGAAACCACUACAAGCAUUUUAAGGAAAAAAAAGACAACUUGUACGAAUUCGAAAAGUACAUCUUAGAAGACACUCGCAAAAAUUUUGGAAAUCUGGCUUGUCAGAUAUUGAGAAGUUUAAUGGAAAAACAUCGAGUGACAUAUCUGUGGGAUGGUCUGGAUGAAGUCGAUCAAGAAACAUUUGGUGUAAUCUGUAGGAUUAUAGAACACUUAUCCAAGAAGAAGACGAUUCAGUGGAUUUCGUCGAGGGAUCAUUUGAAAAAAGAUAUAGAAAACACGUUCAGUAUUUUAUCCAGAAAAGUUAUACCUUUCGAUGACAAAAAACAAAAGGAAUUUGUGAGAAAUCGUCUGGAAUGUUCCGAAGACCAACUGACGACUCUGUUUGAAGACAUCAAGAAGAAUAUUCAGCUGUUUUCAAAUAACGACGUAUUAGGAAUCCCUUUGCAGAUUUUCAUAUUAACAGAACUGUUCCUCCAAGAUAAGGCCAAGUAUGCUCGUUUAAUUAAGGACGUGUUUUCAGUUGCCGAUUUGUAA